AUGCCGAAGGGGAAGAAGGUGGCUCCGGCCCCUGCUGUCAUGAAGAAUCAGGAAGCCAAGAAGGUGGUCAACCCCCUGUUUAAGAAAAGGCCCAAGAACUUUAGCAUUGGACAAGACAUCCAGCCCAAAAGGGACAUCAUCCGCUUCGUCAAAUGGCCCUGCUACAUUUGGCUGCAGUGGCAAAGGGCUAUUCUCUACAAGCGGCUCAAAGUGCUGCCUGCCAUUAACCAGUUCUCCCAGGCCCUGGACCGCCAAACAACCACAGCUGCUGAAGCUGGCCCACAUGUACAGGCCCGAGACCAAGCAAGAGAAUAA